AUGGAGAACCCGGUGGAGAGCCUGCACAAAGAAGCCACUUGCUCCAUCUGCCUGGAGUACUUCCGCGACCCGGUCUCCAUCCCUUGCGGGCACAGCUUCUGCAGGUCGUGCAUCGCGCAGUGCUGGAAGGAGCGCAGCACCGACUUCUCGUGCCCUCAGUGCCGGGUGGUGUCCCUGCAGAGGAAUUUCAGGCCCAACCGCGAGCUGGGCAACGUGGUGGAGAUCGCCAAGAGGCUGGGCUCCGGCGCCGAGCAGGAGGAGCCGGGAGGCGGCGGCGGGAGGCAGGUGUGCGAGAAGCACCGCGAGGCGCUGAAGCUCUUCUGCAGCGAGGAGGAAGACCUCAUCUGCUGCAUCUGCCGGGAGUCCCGAGCGCACAGGAGCCACGCUGUGUUCCCCGUGGAGGAAGCGGCCCAGGAUUAUAAGAAAGAAAUCCAGAGCCGUCUGCAGAGCUUAAAGGAAGAGAAAGAGAAACUCCUGGGGUUAAAACUGGCUGGAGAAAAUAGACACCAGGAAUAUCUGAAGCAAACAGAAGCCGAGAGGCAGAAAUUGAUGUCCGAAUUUGAGCUGGUGCAUCACUUUCUGGAGGAGCAAGAAAAACUCCUGCUGCAUCAGCUGAAUGAGCUGGAGAAGGAGAUUAUGAAGCAUCAGAAAGAACAUGGGGGAAAGUUUUCUGAUGAGAUUGUCUCUCUCAGUGCCCUGAUAGAUGAGAUAGAAGAAAAAUGCACACAGCCAGACAGCGAAUUCUUGCAGGAUAUCAGAAGCACCUUGGGCAGGUUUGACAAGGAGCCCUUUCAGUCACCUGAAGAGAUGCCAUCCAAGGUGGAAAAAAGACUCGGUGAAUUAUCGGAGAAAAACAGCGUGCUCACAAAUAUCCUGAACAACUUCAAAGACACUCUGCCAUCAGAACUGGGGACAGAAUGGGUCAACAUAACCCUUGACACAGACACAGCAAACCCCCAAAUCAUCAUCUCUGAGGAUCGAAAAAGUGCGAGAUGGGACGUCACCAGGACAGACGUGCCCCACAAUCCUAAGCGAUUUAAGUCCUCUUGCUGCGUGCUGGGCUGCGAAGGAUUCACUUCCGGGAGACAUUACUGGGAGGUCAUUGUGGAAGAUGGGGGCAUUUGGGCUGUGGGGGUAGCCCGGGCCUCUGUGAGGAGGAAGAUAGAGCUCAAGCUGACCCCGGAGGAAGGGAUCUGGGCCUUGCAAGGGGAUUUUGGUCAAUACCAGGCUCUCACUACCCCUGUGACACCUCUGUCCCCCAUCUGCACCCCUAGGAGAAUCCGGGUAUUUCUGGACUAUGAAAGGGGACAGGUGGAAUUUCUUAAUGCUGACACAAAGGACUCUGUCUUCAUUUUCCCAUCGGCUUCAUUCUCUGGUGAGAGAGUUUUCCCCUUUUUUAAGGUGCUGCUUGCCCAGCUGACACUUGAUGGCUGAUGGGUCCCUCCCUCAAGAUCACGUAAGGCAGAUUAGUUGCUUCUUAAUGCCGCUGUUCCAAGUCCAUUACAUUGUACUUGAAAUCAGGAAGGGUAAAAGUUGGAGUAGACCUACCCUUCCAAUGCAUGCUGAUGAACGGUUAUGAUUAAUCCACACGAUUGGUUGCCAAGCACAGCACCAUCACUUGGUGGUGGUACUUACUCCAGAUUUAAUUCACGGAGAUCACAAGGGUGCAGUUUUUUGCAUGCGGCAUUAUACAUGGGUGGUGCCAAAGUAAAGUUAAGGCUAGAGUGGGUUCAAAACACUUGGCUUCAAUAAAAGAGGAGGUCGCUGCUUGUGUGUGUGGAUGCAGAGAGGGUCUCCGUCAAAUCACUCAACGCUGUGCCAGUUCUUAUCACAAGAGUCACUGUUGUAGCAAGAACUUGAGUUUGCCAACCAAGGCUGAGCCUGACUAACCCAGUCAGACCAUCUAGCUCAGUAUUGUCAACACGGACAGGCAGCAACUCUCCUGAGUUUCAGGCACAGGGGGCAUUCCCAGCUUUAUCUGGAAGUGCAAAUAAAUGAACCUUUAGCCCUUCUCUGAAACUACUUUCACCAAAGACAGCUCCUUGGAUUUCCUAUGUUGCUGCAUUAAAGUUGUUGUUGUUGUUGUUGUUAAUGAUGAUGUUGAUGUAUUUAAUUUUGUAAACCGCCUCCUAUGCCCACAGACAGAUGAGCGGGAUAAAAAUUAAUAAACUCAAAUGAAGUAGUAAUGAAGGACAGAAUACCUUCGAUUCUGACGGGCUGAAACCCCCCCUCCCCCUUUCUUCUGCUAAGCAUGCCUUACUUUGCCCCCCAGGAACAGAUUUUGACUGGUUUGUGUCGUCGUGUAAAAUGAGAAUAAUCACUAGUCUCUCGUCCAUCAUUGUUGUCAGGUAAAUAAACGCGGACACCAAUAAAAUACCACGUGCAGCUAAUGAGAUCAAAUCUUUUAUUAUUCUUUGGCGAAUACUGGGAAGGUAGAGGAAAGAGGAAGUAAUACGGUAGGCGC